CAGGCGGUUCGGGAGCAGGAUUCCGCGCGCCUGCCUGCAGCUCGCCCGCCUCACUUCGCGUGAGACCCGGAGGACCGGCCGCGAAGGAGUGACCCGCCGACCUCGGCGCCAGCGACAUCCAGAACGCCUUUCAGCGCCACACCCCGCCCGGGUGUCCGCAAGCAGUGGGCGGGCACCGGCGCCCCGAGGGCUGGCCCUCGCCCGGCUCCGCGCGCUCCAGCCUCCGCCCUCUGCCUGAGGUCAACUUCGUCGGGCUGGAGCGAGCCCCCGGAGGCUCUCGGUGCGGAGGACGGGGUGGCCCCGGGGGACGACUCAGGGAACCGCGGAGAGCGCCUGGCCUCGGCGGGGCUCGGGAGCGAAGCCCCACGGGGAGCGGGGCGGGGUGGAACGUUAGGGCGCGGCCUACCUCCCAGAGGCCCUCAGCGGCCUACAGCACGCCCCCCCCCUCCCCCCGGGGCGAAGAGGGCGACCCGUAGGCCUCUAACGUUGGGCGCUAACCGUCCUCAGGCCCCCUGGCCCUGGGCUCCUUCAGCACUCAACAGGCUGGCGGGGGCACCUCUCCCGAGCUGAGCAGCUGCUCGGUCCCCGGGGAGCCUCUCGGGGGGGGGGGGGGGGGUGUAUUUAGAACCGAGGGUCCCUCGAGGGACUUGGGUUCAGCACGCGCGUCUGUGCAGGAGCAUUUAGCUGAUGGUACCUGAGAUGCCCACCCUCCCGUUCUGCCGGCUCUGGGAGGGAAACCCCGGGGCCUCAGCCUUUCGGGAAAGGACACUGGGAGAGUUAUUCCGGCGUUUGCCGCGGGACAAAGAUAAACCAGAAAGUAUCUCGGUUGCAGGAGGCCGGCCUCAGCCCGGCGCAGGGCGUCAGCGAGAUGCCGGGGUGUGCGCCAGUCGGGAGACAGGCCUGGCCAGCCCUGCAUCCAGGAUCGGGUCGCGGGGCCUGGGUGAGCCGGGGCAAGGUCGCCAGGCUCCUCACAACAGCACCGAGCUUCCCCAGACAGGGUGGCCGCCAGGGUGCGGCAGGCCUGGAGCCGGCGGGAAGCGGAGGAAGCGGAGGCCUUGGAAAGUAGUCGGUGAGCUUGAUUUCUGGAUUAGGAGUCCAGGUUGCCUGGGAGAACCGGGCCAGCGGGUGGGGACUGGGGGCGUCCUUUUACGACCCAGGCUGGAAAGGGGAACGUUGCAGUGAUGGCCAAAGGGAGCCCUUGACCCCCCUGAGGCCUCCACUGACGGCCUGUGCCCUCCAGGGCUCCGGGCUCCGAAGGCUGCUCACAAGAUGAAUGUUGGCGUGUUGAGGGGGCGCCGUUGCCCGCGAGCUGUGGCCCGGGUGAGGAAGGGCAGGGCGCAGGCCUGGGUGUGAUGCCCAGCAAGCCAGAGCGCGGUGGCUCGGUGCCGCUGGGACCUGGGCGGUGGCUGUCCUCCCCCUGCCAGCCGAGGGCUCACGAUCCCUGGGGUUGCGCCUUGGGAGUGGGGUGAGGACAAGGGGCUGAAGGCAUCUUUGCCCCGGAUUGCUGCUCCCGGAGCCCCCUCGGCCACCCGUGGCUCGGGCCCCUCCGUGGCCCAAACCUCAUUACCAGGAGAGAGCGAGCUGUUUGUAAACAAUAAAUAAUGGAAAGUAGGAGGAUGUUCAGAAAAGCCACAGCAGAAGCCUGGAAAACUGGAAGGAGUUGGGAGGAGGGGGGUGGGGGAGGGGAGGGGCAGAGGAGGAAGAGGGAGAGCGACUGAGAGAUUCAUUUCUGCCCCAGAAGCCCCGGUGGCUAGUUUCUUAUUAUUUACAGGAAGGUGAUAUUAGCAAUUCAGGUGAGAAAGAAAUAAACACGGCCGCCACGAGAUCAAUACAGAAUUCAGAAACAAUUAUUAAUGUCAUUUGACUCGUGUUCUUUAUAUAUCUCUCCCGGCUACAGACGCUUAAACUGUCUGAAUAAUUUGCAUGGGGCGGCUAUUCAUUAUUUCCGAUGAUUUUCCUUCGCAAGCAGCUCGGACGUGGCCGGCUGUGGUUCAGCGCGAUCGGAGAGCUCGUAUUUUCAUCUGUAAAUUAAAGCAAUUACGCAGCAGAUAUUAUAUGAUGCGUACUGUGGUCUCCAGACAGUCAUCAAUCACCUUCAACCGAGCUGUCAGAGCGGGCAGAUUUCGUUUCUGGGAGGCAGCGCCUAGGAGCCGGCGGCCCCGGAGCAGUGGCCGCGCCACGCGGGCGACCACGUGCAGGACCCCGCCGGCCCCGCCAUGUCCUACCCGCAGUUUGGAUACCCCUAUUCCUCCGCACCCCAGUUCCUGAUGACCACCAACUCCCUGAGCACGUGCUGCGAGUCCGGCGGCCGCACGCUGGCCGACUCGGGGCCCGCCGCCUCGGCCCAGGCACCCGUCUACUGCCCGGUCUACGAGAGCCGGCUGCUGGCCACCGCGCGCCACGAGCUCAACUCGGCCGCGGCGCUUGGGGUGUACGGGGGCCCGUAUGGCGGCUCGCAGGGCUACGGCAACUACGUGACCUACGGCUCCGAGGCGUCCGCCUUCUACUCGCUGCUGCGACCCCAGGCGCGUGGGAUCCUACAGAAUGGCUUCGACUCCAAGGACGCGCCGGGAUCUGCGCAUGCGGGCCUCGCGCCUGCUGCGGCCGCCGCCUACUACCCCUACGAGCCGGCGCUGGGCCAGUACCCCUACGACAGGUACGGGACCAUGGACAGCGGCACGCGGCGGAAGAACGCCACGCGCGAGACCACCAGCACGCUCAAGGCCUGGCUGAACGAGCACCGCAAGAACCCGUACCCCACCAAGGGCGAGAAGAUCAUGCUGGCCAUCAUCACCAAGAUGACCCUCACGCAGGUGUCCACCUGGUUCGCCAACGCGCGCCGGCGCCUCAAGAAGGAGAACAAGAUGACGUGGCCCCCGAGGAACAAAUGCGCGGAUGAGAAGCGACCCUACGCGGAGGGCGAGGAGGAAGAAGGGGGCGAAGAGGAGGCCAGGGAGGAGCCCCUCAAGAGCACCAAGAAUGAAGAGACGGUGGGCAAAGGGGAGAAGGAUGUAGAACUCACAGACUUGGAGGAUUUCGACCCGCUGGAGGCGGAGCCCCCUGAGUGCGAGCUGAAACCGCCCUUCCAGCCCCUGGACGGCGGUCUGGAGCGCAUCCCCGCCGCGCCUGACGGUCCAAGCGCCCCGGGAAAGGAGGCUUCCGGCACCCUCCGGAUGCCCCUGGCCGCCGGUGGCGCGGCCGCCCUGGACCAGGACCUGGAGAGGGCCAGAAGCUGCCUCCGGAGCGCGGCGGCUGCGCCCGAGCAGCAGCCUGGCGCUGGGGGCGGCUCGCAGGCCUGCGAGGCCAAGCUGGGCUUCGCGCCUGCUGGGGCGACGGCGGGCCUCGAGGCCAAGCCGCGCAUCUGGUCGCUGGCUCACACGGCCACCGCGGCCGCCACAGCCCUGAGCCAGACUGAGUUCCCCUCGUGCAUGCUGAAGCGCCAAGUCUCCGCUGCCCCUGCGGCCGCCUCCUUGGCUCCUGCGUCGUCCUCGCCUGCGGCCCCGGCCCCCACGGGUGCCCUGGACAGGCACCAGGACUCCCCGGUAACCAGUCUCAGAAACUGGGUGGAUGGGGUCUUUCACGACCCUAUCCUCAGGCACAGCACUUUGAACCAGGCCUGGGCCACCGCCAAGGGCGCCCUCCUGGACCCAGGACCGCUGGGACGCUCUCUGGGGGCAGGUGCCAACGUGCUGACGACGCCCCUGGCGCGCGCUUUCCCGCCCGCUGCGCCCCACGACGCCCCGACCGCAGGCUCAGCCAAGGAGCUGCUGGCGGCGCCCAAGGCCGGGGGCAAGCCCUUUUGCGCCUGACGGGCCCCGCCCCGCGCGGAGGAGGAGCAAACGGGGAGCCGGCCUGCUGCGCGUCGCAGACUCUGUUUCCACGGAGUUUCCAAAGCAGGACCGGAGCGCGUCCAAGUGCAGGCAGCCCACCCGCCGUGGGGGGA